AGAAAACACGACGCAAAGCUUUAAACACAGAACGUACAACCCCGAUAUAUCCAGAUGGCGGCACUCAUGUCGGCAGCGCAGGUCAAGCCGUCAUGGUUUUCGGCCCAUAACUUGCUCCGCGGCCCUAAGACCGGAAGGGCCUCAGCUGUCCGUGCUGAGAGAAGCGGAGUCAAUCAUCUCACUGUUGCCAGCAUUCGACAACAGAAACCUUCGAUGCAAGCUGUUUACCGCAGGUCUGUUGAGUCCAGGGACUCCAUCCGCAUGGGCAUCCCAAGCAAAGGGCGCAUGGCUGAAGAUACCAUGAACCUCUUGGACGAUUGCCAGCUGAAAGUCAGGAAAAUAAAUCCUAGACAAUACGCUGCCGAAAUACCAAAUGUACCCGGUAUGGAAGUAUGGUUUCAGCGUGCGACAGAUGUUGUCCGUAAACUUUUGUCUGGUGACAUUGAUAUCGGAAUAGUUGGUUAUGACAUGCUUCGUGAAAUAGGCAAUGAAGACGACGAAUUGGUUGUCGUUCAUGACGCUUUGGGUUUCGGCUUCUGCCAUUUGGCGAUCGCUGUACCCAGUAGCUGGGAAGACAUCAAUUCCUUGCCUGAAUUGCUAUCGGACAAGCGCUGGUCCAAAGACCGGCCACUGCGCGUUGUUACAGCAUAUAUGAACCUUGCGGAGCGCUUUUUUGGAGACCUCGGCUUUGAGAAUGUCGAACUAUUCACUGCCGACGGUGCCUUGGAGGCCGCUCCUGCCAUGGGUGCUGCGGACUGUAUUCUUGAUCUUGUUUCCUCAGGAACUACCCUGCGUGAGAAUAAUUUGAAACAGAUCGAGGGCGGUCGUGUUUUAGAUUCUCAAGGUGUGCUCGUUGCAUCCAAGACUGCACUUCUCGAGCGACCAGGCACGUUGGAGAUAGUGCACGAGCUUCUCGAGCGUUUGGAGGCGCAUUUACGCGCAGAGGGCCUUUUCAUGGUGACAGCGAAUGUCCGCGGAGAAACUGCUGAGGAAAUUGCAACUCGUCUUGCAGCAAACGGUGGGCGUCUUCUUCGUGGCCUCCAGGGACCAACCAUAUCACCCAUCUUCACUGCUGGGGAAGAUAAUUUGCCCUCGUCAGAUGGUACUUUUUUUGCAGUUUCGAUAGGUGUUCCCAAAUCACGAAUUUACGAAGCUGUGAAGGAGAUCCGGAAGCAAGGGGGUAGUGGUGUCCUUGUUUUUCCACUGACAUAUGUAUUUGACGAAGAACCCCCGCGCUGGAACGCACUCAUUAACCACCUAGGUCUUGAUUCGCGUGAUUAUCAACAUCUGAAGAUCGGCGGAGGAAUAAGAUAAGAAAGUUUUGUGUUGGCGGGUGAUAUCGUGAAAUGUCUCCAACUUUUUAAUAGCAAUCAAGAAUCUUUUCAUUCUGAUGCUUCACUAUUUUAUAGCUAGGUUUGUAGUUUUUUGACAGGAACAUCAGUCGCUC